AUGGUGGUUCGGCCGGUAGCUGGGAUGCCCAGGGACCAUCGACUGUUCAUCCAAGGGGAUGAAUCCAUGCAUCUAGAGGACCUGGGCUUGCCGGCUUCUAGUGUCUUUCGAGAGGACGGUGUGCAGAAGGUUAGGGAUUUGUAUCGUAAGAAAAUGGGUGAUAAAGUCCCGGUUUCGGAAUGGUUUUGGCACAAAAAACGGCGGCAACGGAAGAAAGAGCCGGGAACUCUCGAUUGGGCCGGCGAGUGGUCAGAGGGACGGACAUUCAGCGAAACAGGUCCGGAAAGCAAGCCGAAGCGGUCUCACGAAGAGGAGGAUCCCCCUGGAGCGUUUAUGGGAGGUAUCCAAGACCUGGUGGGAAAACAAUCAUCUAAAGUAGACGCCAAGACAAGAGAAGCGGUGUCCCCUACGCGGUUCGCGAGGAAGUACCUGGGGAGCUCUAAAAGUGUUGACAUCAACGCUGAGGCUGCCAAUAUCCAGCAGUGCAUGGCCAGGAAGGAGGGAGAGCCCGCGGGGAAGCCGGAAUAUGAUAAGUUGGAAAAGGAGCGGUAUGGGGAGAAGGAUGGGUCGGCGGCCCUUGGUGAUGACUCGGGCUUGACGGCGACUGAUAGGAAGGUUAUAACGGAUGUGGGCACUAAUAUAAUAGGGCAGCUGAGAGCAGCAGCGGCUAAGUAUGCGGCUACGGGCAUAUCGCCCGAGAUGCUCCUAAGGGAGGGGUAUUGUGGAUCGGGCGGAGGGAUUGAACACACUAAGCGGACGCAGGAAUUGGCGGCUCAUGAGGGGUCCUCGUUUGUUAAGCUCCUUGAGGCAGGGCAGGGCUGUACGGAAAAUAUCAACCUGUUUAUCCGCUCAAUCGGCAGUCGAGUAGCGACCGCUCGAGGGGCUAAGAAGGAGAAGUUGUUGGCCAAAGCCUUGGAGAUCCACGACAAGAUGAUCGAACAUGGUUUCGAGACCAAUGAGGAUACCUACGUCAGUUUGAUGAUUGCAUGCUAUGAUGAGGCGGAGUUGGCGAGGAAGGUUUAUAUCAAGAUGAGGGAGCAUCUCCUGGCACCGUCACUCAAGGUGUAUGGUGCUUUGAUAAAAGCGCAUAUACGGGCUCAUGACAUCACUAGUGCAUUUGCAUUGCAGCGCAAGAUGGAGGACGAGGGCCUCAAGCCAGGCGUCGAGAUCUACACUAUGCUGAUUGACGGGUUAGUGAAAGCGGGAAGAUACGAAGUGGCGUGGGAGCAGUUUUGGGAUGCGCGGUCGUUCAAACAGAUCCAACCUGACUCGGUAAUGUUCACUGUGAUGGUGAAGGCGUGCCGGAAGAAGGAGGAGUGUGAGAGGGCGAUGGGUGUCUUUGAAGAUAUGAAGCAGAGUGGACAGUUUCCGACGGACAUCACUUACCAGGAGUUGAUAUUGUGUUACAGCACGGAUAAGUACUUCGCCCCUCGAGCCUUCGAGAUCUGGAAUCAAAUGCAAGCGGAGGACAUGCCCAUGACGACGCCGAUCGCUAGGGGGCUCCUGCAGGCUUGUGCCACUCUGGGAGAUGUUCCGAGACUGCAAGCAACGGUACGGGCGAUACGGCUAGCUGGGAUACCCUUCAGCACGCAAAUGCACGGGUUAUGUAUCCGCGUGUUCGGCGCGGCAAUGCAGUUGAAAGGAACGACUGAUUUCGAGAGAGUAUCGCAUCUUCGUUGUGCGUGGCAUAUAGUGUCUGCGGUGAGGGAAAGCAAUAAGAAGCUUACUGCUGAUAUCCUUGAUGAGGUUACGAAGGUAUAUGCUGCUGGCGGCUUCGCGAGUCAUGCUAUUGACAUGGUGCAACAGUACGCUUCCUUUGGGGUGGCUCCGACCGUCCGAACAUAUGAGACGUUGCUGAGAAUGCUAGGGAAGGGUAUGGGAGAUAACGCUAGGUUUAUGGCGUUGUACACUCAAAUGAAGGAACACUUCAAGGCGAUUGAGGUUAAGGAAGUUGAGAAGAAGAAGAUGAUGGAAGCAGCGGAUAACUCGCUGGUUGGCGUGGAGGGGAUCGAGAACAAUGCUUUGGUGGUCCCCGACGAUCCGGACAGGUGUCCGUCACAGAUGAGUGAGGAGAUGCUACGACUAGCAUUGGAUGUGGCGAUGAACUCAAAGAGCAGUCGAGCCACUCUGGCUGUCUUGGAUGACAUGUACAGUCGUGGGGUGAUGCCAUUGCCGUACCAAGCUGGUCGGCUGGCCAAGGUGGGCCGUAAGGUCGUGCAGUUGCAUCAUAUGAUAGGCAAGCUCGUCGCCAAGAAUCGGCAACAGAUGUUCGAUAAGGUCAGCAGACGGAAGAAACUGGAUGAACUCGAGAUUCGCCAACAUGAGCUGUUGCUGGCCAAAGACGGCCUUACCACCUUGGACGCCACUCCGUUGCAUGAGGCUCGAGAGCGGUAUUGGGAUUAUAUCGAUAGGAAGAGUGGUGGUAAGGAUCCAUCACUACCAUAUGAGCAAUACAGACAGAUGAAGAAAAAAGGCGGAGACUUUUACGCGAAGAUGCGGGAUAAGCCUCAACCCAAUUUCAUCGCGGAAAAAUUCAUUUAAGAUCUCCAUGGACCUCCAGGUUGCAUUUAUUUGUCCUUUUCGUGUUCAUGUUGUUUCUGAG